GAGAGAAACUAUCUAGCCUAGUACAGCCAUGUCCCAUAUCAGCGAUCAAUUUAUUGAUCGAUUACAUCGUACAAAGCGUGUGCUCCAGCCAUAUCGUAUCUAAACAUUUAACAGCAGAUAUAUCCUUGAAUCCGAGUCUACUGAAUCGGGUGCGACACCAUGCUAGCCACAGUGACUGCUGUGGUUAGGUUUGCUCAAUACAAUGGCAGUAUUUCACCUUCACCGUUAGAGAACACAUCAUCUUUCCCAACCUGGCAACCUGACACUGAAGCCAACAUCACCAAGCCUCACAAAUGUCUACAAGUUCUGUAUGAGGACAUAGGAGACUCCAGGGUGCGGUUCUGGGACAUUUUACUGCUUGUGCCUAAUGUGGCCUUCUUCGUAUUCCUGAUGUGGAAGCUGCCCUCAGCCAGGGCAAAGAUUCGACUCACCUCCAGCCCCAUCUUCAUCACCUUUUACUUGCUGGUGUUUGUGGUAGCAGCGGUUGGAAUCACCCGGGCUGUCGUGUCCAUGACUGUCAGUGCUUCCAGUGCUGCCACCAUCAUUGACAAAGUGCUGUGGGAAAUCACCCGCUUCUUCUUGCUGGCUAUUGAGCUCAGUGUUAUCAUCUUGGGACUUGCUUUUGGUCACCUGGAGAGCAAGUCCAGUAUAAAACGUGUCCUGGCUAUCACUGCUGUGCUGGCUCUGGGCUACUCCAUCACGCAGGGCACACUUGAGAUCCUGUACCCAGACAGUCACCUGUCCGCUGAGGACUUCAACAUCUACGGUCACGGAGGACGGCACUUCUGGUUGGCCAGCUCCUGCUUCUUCUUUCUGGUGUACUCUUUGAUUGUGAUCUUGCCUAAAACGCCAGUGAGAGAGAGGAUAUCUCUUCCAUCUAAAAGGAGUUUCUAUGUGUAUGCUGCCAUCCUGUCUUUACUGAACUUCGUCCAGGGCCUGGGCAGCGCUCUGCUAUGUGCUGGAAUCAUAGAGGGACUCUGCUGUGUGGAUGUCACCACCUUCCUGUACUUCUCUACCUUUGCGCCGCUCAUUUAUGUCACAUUCCUCAAGGGUUUCUUUGGUUCAGAGCCCAAGAUCCUGUUCUCCUACAAGUCACAGGUGGAUGAGCCUGAUGAAAGUGACGUCAACCUUCCCCCAACCAUUGCUACGACCAUUGGCCGUAAGGAGCUGACCGACCAGGGCCUGUACUACUCCUCCACCCAGAUCGAUGGCUCUGGUCCCGGCAGCUCUCGUAUGGUUGGAGCAUAUCUGGAUGAUGUUGCCUCUGGACCCUAUGGGUCCAGCAGCAUUAACAGCAUUGAGGCGGACCGCUGGAGACCUGUCAAUGCCUGAAUUGAUGAAGAUGAGAAUGGAAAAAGAGAGAUGGUUAUGUAGCUGGACUUGAUGUGCGUGUGUAGUGUGUUAGGUGGGGUGGUGAUCAGAGUUGGCCAAAAGAAAAAGGAAAAAAAAAAAGAAGCAGAACAAAGAAGUCGGACACCAAGAAAAGUUGAUCUUGGUCUUGCUCUGAUGCCAGGAGAAGUUAACAAGUGGACACGUAAGGAGAGACCUUUGCUAGCCAAUUAUCUGGAGAACUGUGAAUUUAGCGAUUGCUUUUGUAACACUGUUGCCAGAGUGCACUGCUGCUGUAGCUCCACACCAGGAGUGCUGUCCGUCAUUGUGGCUCCGACAGACUCCGUGUUGAUUCUUUUCCACAGGCUCUUACAUGUGGGAGCAUACUGACUUCUCUCAGCACAUUUUCUGUCAUUCCAGCAUCACGCAUCAGCUGCUCAGUCCUCAGUGAUGACGUUUUAAUGCCGUUUUAAGUACCCAACUCUUUAAAAUCUAACAUUCUUUUGAUGGCAACUCAGCAUCUGUAACUUCCCACUAAAAGCUUUAAAUAACAGCAUCUUUGUCAUCCGCUGCCUUGUGUUAGACCAUAUUUACACCUGGUAUUAAAAUGCGGAAAAAUGCAUGUUAAUGCAGGUGUAAAUGCAUUGUGAUGGCAAUGUCAUCCGAUCUGCCUGAGCACAUCUACAGGUAGUGUGGCUCAUAUUGUGUUUGGAUCUUAGGCAGGUGUAAACACAAUCUGUACAAUGUGCUGGCAGCCGUACAAGUACGAACAUUGUUACAGAUACUUGUUUUUAGCUAACAUAAAACAUAGGUUGUUCAAAUUUAGUGAGCGAGCAACCAAGAAGGCUGAAAGAGACACGCCUGUAAUUACUAAUUAUACAUCUUUUCUGUGCCAUUUUUCUUCAGCAGAACUGUGUGGAAAAUAAAAGCAAUACACGUGUGAAAUUAAUAAUAUACAGGAAGAAAUAAGUGUAUGACAGUGCAUUGUACUCAUCUGUGCAGCUAAUGUGCUGUUAACAAGGCGUGUAAUUUAUCUAGUCACUGAGUAGCCACGCCAGGACAAACAGACACAAUAUUUUUUAUGCAAAGAAAGGAAAGCUUAGAAUGUUUCCCUAACACAACAACUCACAAAACUCUGAUUUUUUUUUUUUAACAGUCUGGGGCUGAUUUGUCGCCACCUCAAAUUACUAGAUGUUUUUCUCUGGAGGACAGAGGUCUAAUCUCAGUGACGAUAACAAGAAUGUGUUAAAAAUACCAGGUGUAACUGUGCCAUGAAUCAAUGUGACUCUGCACGUUGCAGGGACUAGUGCUAGUUCACUUUGAUAGGCGUACUAUCUUCUGAACCUGGUGCUGUCCCUCAGGUGAACAGGUGGAAUGUGUUACAGUAACAUGAUGUGUGUCACUGCAGUCUAAGGAAAUCAGUAACCCCUAAAUCCAGGCAUUGCCUUCAUGUGAAGGGUGACAGUCUGUUAGGCUCCCAGGAAUGGCUGAGACACAAGAGCAAAUCUCAGAUUGUGUCUCAGCAAUGAUCUUGCCACCUGUCAUUGCUCUCCUCUUGUUUUUAUUUUGUGCUUUUGCUUGAAUUCGUCAUACCAGAGUAAUCAUUCCUGCUACUGAAAGCACAUUUGUUAGCCUCAUAGUCAUUAGGCACAUGUUAUUACAUGCGUGAUUUGAACAACAAAUGUGCAGAAACCUUUUUGGUGUAUUCCAAAUUCGACAUGCGCUAAUUUCAUAUCAGCAUGUCCUAAUUCAGCUUUGCUUUCUGCAAAAGUUUUUAUUUUGCUGCUAACAUCUUGCUUUUUUUCCUGUGUCCAGAGAUUCCCUGAAUGUUAAUAGUGGUGAAAUUAGACCAUGAACAAUAUUGCUCAAUUUUAUGGGAUCAAAUGAUGUAAUUGAUACAGUUUCAUGAUAUGGAUAUUGACUUUAAAUUCUUAGACUAAGAGAGGGUCACGCAGUUGUGUCAAAGAAAGACCAUUUAAAGAUGAUGUCAAGGAGAAAACUACUGAAGCAAAGUCUCCAUUCUGAUCAGUUUAGCACUUAAAUGAUUUGAUUCUUGGAUCAACUCAUGAAAUCAGUUCUUGUGAUACCUCCUGAUUUCACUGCAAUAUCAUACUUCAGUGUAUUUAAACCACCUCACAUCACAUUUCCUUACGCUCUACAAAGGAAGUAUGAUGUGUGUGAGUUUUCCCUUGAAAAUGUUGUAUGUUUAGUAUGAAUGAAUCACUGUAUUUAAGCUGGCAGUAUUCAUAGAUUGUGGUGACCUUUAUGCAGUAAAUAAUUAAAUUUAUUUUUUCAUAAUAUCAAAGCAACAACUCAGUAAAGAAGCUGUAUAUUCCAAGAAAUUACAGUAUUUGCCUGACUCUCAAAAUAUUUUUUAUUCAAGUUUGAGUGCUGAUGACAACUGCUGUUUUACUUGGUGUUAGCAUCACGAUUGGUUUGUUGUUUGAUGGCACAAGUUCACGAGGUACAUGUUAAGGAACUGGAUGUGCAGGCUCUUGAUACAAAAGAUGUUUGAUGUUGAAAUCAUUUUGCAAAUGAUCUGUAAAUUGCCUUUUUAUUUAAGUGCAUUGAUUGUAUAAUACUCAGACCAUAUUAAUGCAAUGUAUUGAACAUUCCAUGACCUACAGAAUAAACCAUGGACUUUGA